UUCCUGGAUGGCGGCUCGGCGCUAAUCCCACUUCCACGCCGGAUCUCUAAAAAAAGGAGCGGAAUGAGGAAAUUGACAAGAGCGAAGUGCAAAACAAACUUGUUGGAUGCCGUGAAAAGCUCUCCGGCCGAUGCUCGCCUCCUCACUCCCACUCGUGUCCCGCGCACAGGCGCUCGUCCACCACCGCAGCCUCUCAUCAUCACCAUCACCACCACCACCGCCACCACCUCAUCCUCAGCAACGCCCGUCAUGUCUCUGCUGUUGGUCACUGUGCUGUCCUCGCUGCUCGCCCACGACGCCCAGGCGUGGGGCUCCAGCGUCAAGUACGCCGUCAACUGUCCGGACAGGUGCGACACGGGGCGCUGCGGCCCCACGCUCGCCUGCGCGCGCACCGUGCUGGACGACUGCGGCUGCUGCCGGGUGUGCGCCGCCGGCAGAGGGGAGCACUGUUACCGCACCGUGUCCGGCAUGCACGGCGUCAAGUGCGGACCGGGCCUCUUCUGCGAGUUCUACAAAGAUGAGGACGACUACGGGGAUGAAUACGGCGUGUGCAAAGACUGCCACUUUGGCACCUAUGGCAUGGAGUGCCGUAAGAUUUGCGGCUGCAAAGGCGGCCUUUGUGACAGGGAGACAGGCGCUUGUCUGACCCUUCGAUUCUUCACCAAACUGGCCAGCAAGCUCAAGGCGGAGCCUCAAGAUGGAGAGGAGGGCUCAGGAGAUGUUCAGGAGUCAGAUCCACCGGCAGUAAAUAUAUCCAGCACUCCAAAGCGGCUCAACCCUCGCUGACCAGUGCAUUCAAUCAUUCAUAUAUUCAUUCUGUCUCUCAGUCAGUUGGGAAUGUAGCAUUAAUUUAUAAGUGAACAGACAGGUCUCAUUUUAUUAUCUUCUUGAUUGCAUGUUGACUUUAUUUAUAUGGUUUAUAAGAUCACCUUUUUACUCAUCUUUCUCAGAAUGUUUCGUGUGCCUUCAAGUGAGAGAAUAGGAUGUAUCAUUUUUCAUGUUGUCAUUGAAGUAUAUGUCAUCUAUCCCUACUGUAUUUGUACUGUAUAAAAGAUAUAACAAUGUAAAGAAUCGUCUUACAAUUAAACCGAAGUUAUCAAA